AUAGUUCCUGAAGAAUUUAUGUAUAAUCCUCUGACACGAUCUUAUGGAGAGCCUCACAAACGGCCAGAGGUCCAAAAUUCUACGGUGGAAUUCAUUGCUUCCUCCGACUAUAUGCUUCGUCCUCCUCAGCCUGCGGUAUAUUUAUUUGUUUUAGAUGUGUCUCAUAAUGCAGUGGAGGCUGGAUAUUUGACAAUAGUCUGCCAGUCAUUGCUGGAAAACCUAGACAAGCUGCCUGGAGACUCAAGAACAAGAAUAGGGUUCAUAACGUUUGACAGCACUGUUCAGUUUUACAACUUGCAAGAAGGUUUAUCUCAGCCUCAGAUGCUGAUUGUAUCAGAUAUUGAUGAUAUUUUCCUACCUACACCAGAUAGUUUACUUGUGAAUCUCCAUGAAAGCAAAGAGCUGAUAAAGGAUCUAUUGAAUGCGUUACCAAAUAUGUUCACCAAUACAAGAGAAACACACAGUGCAUUGGGCCCUGCUCUUCAGGCUGCGUUUAAACUGAUGUCUCCAACGGGUGGUCGGGUAUCUGUGUUUCAAACUCAGUUACCAUCUUUGGGAGCAGGGCUUUUGCAUUCCAGAGAAGAUCCCAAUCAAAGGUCAAGCACAAAGGUGGUCCAGCAUCUUGGUCCAGCAACAGAUUUUUAUAAGAAGUUGGCACUGGACUGCUCAGGCCAGCAGACUGCUGUGGAUUUAUUCCUCUUAAGUUCACAAUAUUCUGAUCUGGCUUCUCUUGCUUGCAUGUCCAAGUAUUCUGCUGGAUGCAUCUAUUACUAUCCAUCUUUCCAUCGGAGCCAUAAUCCUGCUCAGGCCGAAAAGUUGCAGAAAGACCUUAAAAGAUACCUUACAAGAAAGAUUGGAUUUGAAGCAGUUAUGCGCAUAAGGUGUACAAAAGGUCUUUCAAUACACACUUUUCAUGGGAACUUUUUUGUACGAUCUACUGAUUUAUUGUCCCUUGCCAAUGUCAAUCCUGAUGCUGGAUUUGCAGUACAAAUGUCCAUUGAGGAAAGUCUGACUGACACAUCUUUGGUUUGUUUUCAAACAGCUCUUUUGUAUACUUCCAGCAAAGGUGAGCGUCGUAUUCGAGUGCACACACUUUGCUUGCCCGUAGUAAGUUCACUGGCUGAUGUAUAUGCAGGAGCAGAUGUACAAGCAGUUGUAUGUCUCUUAGCAAACAUGGCUGUGGAUCGCUCAGUUUCAUCUAGUCUUUCAGAUGCAAGAGAUGCCUUAGUUAAUGCUGUGAUGGACUCCUUGGCAGCAUACAUGUCAACUGCCUCAAAUCUGCAGCAGUCUAUGCUGAUAGCACCAAAUUCCCUCAAGCUGUUUCCACUGUAUAUUUUGGCCCUUCUCAAACAGAAAGCAUUUAGAACAGGCAUGAGUACACGCUUGGAUGAUCGUGUAUAUGCAAUGUGCCAGAUGAAGAGCCAGCCUCUUGUUCAUUUGAUGAAAAUGAUACAUCCCAACUUGUAUAGAAUAGACAAGCUGAUUGAUGAGAGUACAAUACAUGUAAAUGACAGAGUCGUUCCUCAGCCACCUCUUCAAAAGUUGUCUGCAGAGAAGCUGACAAGAGAAGGAGCUUUUCUUAUGGAUUGUGGUUCAAUUUUUUAUAUUUGGAUUGGAAAAAACUGUGAUAACAACUUCAUAAAAGAUGUCCUUGGAUAUCCAAACUAUGCAUCAGUACCACAGAAAAUGACACAGCUUCCUGAGAUAGAUGCUCCUUCUUCAGAAAGGACACGAUCUUUUAUAUCUUGGCUUAGAGACAGUAGACCUUUAAGUCCAGUUCUUCAAGUAAUAAAGUAA